AUAAACUUCUACGUAUUUUUAUACAGCUUAAUUAAACGAUACUUUCACCUGACAAACACUAAUAUUUUGACAGUUUUAUAGGACGGAUGUGUGUGUAUUAUUUAUGAUGUUCUUGUUAUGGUUUAAAUGUUUCAAAUGAGAGAACUGUAAACGAUGUUCAUUUUUAUUUUUGUAUCAAGUUGAAAAUGGAUCUUAAAUCCAGAUUUUCAUGGAUAUUUUUUUCUCCAUUUUGAAUGUUAUCUUGCUUAUGAUAACACUGGCAGAGUUUGACAGCUGAUUUCGAUUUUCAGCAAACUUUUUGGGUUGCCACGUUGGCAAAAACUAAAAUCCAAGCGAGACAAGAAGGAGCUAAGUUAUAUAAUUAUACAAAAUUGUUCAUAAAAGUUCUCCUGAAAUCACAAAAAUAUUAUUUUACAAUUUAUGUAAACAGUUUGAUUGCAAACCACUAGCUCUUGAGUCUUGCAGCAAGAUGAAUGCUAGAAUGUCAGAUUUGAAACUUCUUGUAGUUUCUGGACCAAGUGGUUCUGGAAAAUCAACACUAUUGAAAAAACUACUUAAGGAAUAUCCAAAUAAAUGUGGAUUUUCUGUUUCUCACACAACUAGAAAUCCUAGACCAGGCGAAACUAAUGGAAAAGAUUACCAUUUCUGCAAACGAGAUUUCAUGGAAGAAAUGAUUAAGAAUGGUGAAUUUCUGGAACAUGCAGAAUAUUCAGGAAACCUGUAUGGAACAAGUAAAAAGGCUGUGAAGGAUGUUCAAGAUCAAGGCAAAAUUUGUAUUUUAGAUGUUGAUAGGCAGGGUGUAUUAAAUGUAAAGAGCACAGAUAUGGAGAGUCACUUCUUAUUUAUUAAACCACCUUCCAUGCAAGAACUGGAAAAAAGGUUGAGAAAUCGUAAAACUGAAACAGAAGACACUCUUCAGAGACGACUAAAUAUUGCGAAAGCUGACUUAGAAUAUGCUGCAAAGCCCGAUUCAUAUGAUUCUAUUGUGGUAAACGAUGUCUUAGAGGAAUCUUAUAUAGAAUUUAAGGAAAUCAUUAAAAAGGCUAUUUGUCAGCUUGAUUGACCUUUUUUACAACUGAUUGGGAGGUGUAUAUACAAGUUCAUACGCAAGUUAUAGUGCAUCUGUGGAUUUUAAAUUUAUUCAUAUUACUAUAUUUAAUAACUUAACUCUUCAUUGAGAAAUAAGUAGUAAUAAGUAUGUUGUCGUCUGUUAGACUGUGACAACACAAUAUUUAUACCAUAAGUGCCUAGAAUAUUUGUAUAUUUCUGACUGUUCCUUUAAUUUCUGGGCCAGGAUCUAUAUAGUUUCACCAGCUGAAUGUUCUCAGGGAACAGAGCUCUUUGACUGAAUGGAAAUUUUCGACGCUAAUCAAGCUAUCAUAUGAUAGCCAUGUAUUUACAAUGUAAAACCUAAUGAAAGUUGUCUGCCAUUCAAUAAAAAUCUCCCAGAGAGACAGUAAACUUUA